CUCCACGUCAAGCGAGCGAUCGGUGACGGUGUUAUCUUACCGCCGGUGCCGGAGUUUCCCAGUAUAUUGUAGUAACGAUAUCUCGGCCGGAGUUUCUUAGUGAAUCCAAAUCGUUGUUCUUCGUUGCGGCUUCAACUCUCGCUUGUUAGUCUGCAGAGUCGGGUCUUUUGAGCUAUCUCAUUUUGCGCGUUCUCGUUUUUCGCCGUUUCCGAUUUCCAGCGAGUACGUCUCUGUCGAUCGGUAAUUAAUUACCUAGUUGAGGAAAGAUGAACAAGCUGUUGGAGUAUGGGAGAAAAGCUAUGUUCUAUGUGAGAGUUCUCUCUGGCUAUGAAGAGAGGAGAAUCCGUAAUUACAGGUUGCAACUCGAAAAGCGUAUCCAGCAGGCUAACCAAAGGAAAGCAGAGAUAAACAGACUCCCAGAGCAGAUUGUAUUAUCUGAAGUCCGCCGUAUGGUUGAGGAGAUGCAGAAUUUGAAUAAGCAGAUUGAAAAUACGGAGGCUCAAAUUGAAGACUACUUCAAACCGAUAGACAAGCAUGCUAGUACCAUAAUGGAGAUUCAGCUCGAAGGAGAGAAGAAAACGAUGGGGACAAUGAUGAACGCAACACAACAGGAAGCUAUAAGAAAGAUUGAAGAAGCUGAGAGACUCGCUCGAGCACGUGGGAAUGCAAAUGUGACCGCAGAGGCAAACACGGGAGAUAAGAUCCAAGAUUCAGAAUCCUCAGCCAACGAAAAAGCUCAAGCAAAAUGAAGACAGAAAUCGUCUUCAUGGCGACACAGAAUAGAUUCAGAGCCUCUUACAUCCAAGGUUUCAGGUUCUCUUAGUUGAUUAAGCUGGGAUUGUAGCCUCGCAUUUGCUGGGUUUUUAAUAAAUUGAAAUUUGGUCGACUGAAUAGAAACAAGACCGAGAUUGUGGUAUGCGUAGCGUGCAAGAACUUAUAGAGGUGACCCUGGUUGGACUAAUCCCCAAACGACCAAGUUUUGUCAAUAUGAGUUGUUUCAUCAAACUUAA